CCCAGAAUCCUUCACUCACACGUAAACAUCAACCCAGAUGAUGCUACAACUGGAGCCUCUGAAGAGCUUCCCGUGAAACAACACAAAGGAGCCGCAGAGACGCCGCUUCGCUCCGGCUCGGCUUUGUUCGGUUCGGCGGUGCACACCGAUGAAGAGCGCGUGUCAUGAGUGACGCAGACCGGAGAGACGGACGCUGUUCCUGUGCCACGAGUGGUUUCUGCAGCUAACGCGGGCCUGAAGGAGAAGAUGUGGCCUUCAUCUGUCAGUCUGUUCUGCUCUCAGAGAGAUCAAGCGAUGUAGCAGCAGCUGGACUCAACGACACAAUGAACCGGAGGAAGUCUCGGAGUCUCGGAGCUUCUUCUCCGCUCAACGGACUCGGAACACAAGAUGCAGAGUCCAGACGGAAGAGGAAGACGACGGAGAUCUGGCAGGUGCUGAAGACGAGGCCCGUGGACGUGGCCGCUCUGAGACGCAUGGCCAUCAGUGAAGGAGGUCUGCUGAACGACGAGAUCCGCCGGCAGGUGUGGCCCAGACUGCUCAACGUGUCCGAAGACGACAUACCUGAGCAGCUCGAGCCGGUGGAUCGAGACAAUAACAAGGACUUCACCCAGGUGCUUCUGGAUGUUCAGAGAUCCCUGCGGCGCUUCCCUCCAGGGAUGCCAGCCGAGCAGCGCGAAGGCCUUCAGGAGGAGCUGACCGAUAUUAUCCUGCGGGUGCUGGUCAAAAACCCACAGCUGCACUAUUAUCAGGGAUACCAUGACAUCGUGGUGACCUUCCUGCUGGUGCUGGGGGAACGACUCGCCACUGCCCUGGUGGAGAAACUCUCCACUCACCACCUCAGGGACUUUAUGGACCCCACUAUGGACAACACCAAACACAUCCUGAACUACCUGAUGCCCAUCAUCGAGAGAGUCAACCCUGAAGUGUACGACUUCAUGCAGCAAGCCGAGGUGGGCACUAUUUUCGCGCUCAGUUGGCUCAUCACCUGGUUCGGACACGUGCUGUCAGAUUUCCGUCAUGUGGUUCGGUUGUAUGACUUCUUCCUGGCCUGCCAUCCGCUCAUGCCCAUCUACUUCGCUGCUGUGAUCGUGCUGCAUCGAGAGGAGGAGGUGUUGGACUGUGAGUGUGACAUGGCCAUGAUGCACCAUCUCCUGUCCCGCAUCCCACAGGACCUCCCGUACGAGACGCUGAUCAGCCGCGCCGGAGACCUGUUCGUCCAGUUCCCUCCGUCUGAGCUGGCCAGAGAGCGCAAUCAGCUGACGGCCGUCUCCACCUUCAAAGACUUCGAGCUGGCGUCGACACAGCAGCGUCCCGACACAGUGCUCCGGCAGAGACGGAAAGAGAUGCAGCAGCAGCAGAAGCGUGCUCUGGAGGCGCAGCGAGGGACCGUAGCAGUCGUGCAGCCCACGGCGCGCCGCUUCAUGCGUCUGGCGGUCAUGGGGUUGACCGUGGCGCUGGGGGCCGCCGCUCUAGCCGUGGUAAACUCUGCCCUGGAAUGGGCUCCGAAACUAGACUUGCUCUUCCCGUGAAGGAGCCCAACCACAGCGUCUCAGUUUGAGGAGUUAUUUGAGGACUGCAUAUUGUUAUUUUGCCUUUGUACUUGUCAGACUAAUGAAUAAAAUAUCGUGCAGAUAGUUACUGUAAUUAAACAAGAUUGUUUUCCCCCCUUUGAAUGAGGUGAGGAUAUUGAGCAAAGUAUAUCACUUCCUUCAGGAUACGAAUGAAAAUGUGUCCUGGAUGUACAGUGGAGGUACGUACUCUUCACGUCUCGAAUAUGAAACACGAUCUGAGCAAAUUUAUGUGAAAAUAGUUUAAAAACAUUAUUUUUGUCUUUCUCAUAAAGAUUCAAUUUUGCUGAUUAUUUACUCACCCGAAGGCCAUCCGAGACUAAGAUGGGUUUGUUUCUUCGUCAGGUUUGGAGAAAUGUAGCAUUGCAUCACUUGCUCACCAACGAAU